UCGUUCACAGCGCAGUCAGUCAGUUCAGAGGGGAGUGUUUUUAGUUCCGUGGCGAACAUCAGUCCAUUUCAUUUGGCCAGAGAGAUCAUUUCGCGGAUCGAGUAAAGUUCCGUCCACCCGUCGCGCAAGUGUACCUUUUUCAGUGUUAUAAUGUUUCGAGUUGGGUUUUAAUUGUGCGUUGUAUUUUAUAUCUUUCGACAAUCGGUGCUGCAUUCGUUUUUUUUUCAUCAACUCGAUGCUGUGUCUGGUGACUCAGAGAUAUUUUUUCAAUGUUGUAAAUUGAAUUUUCGCUGGUGGAUGUUCGAUUGCUGAAUUGCGUCGUGGCCUUUCUCAAAUUGGCUUGAUCGACACUUAUGUGGGAAUGAAGAUCCAUCCAGUUGGAUGUUGAGAAGAAGAAAUUCCUCCGGAUUGCCUAGCAGGAUAUUAAAACUUUCUUGGAGGAAAAUAGGAGAAAUCUGGCGACCCAAUUCGAGGACACAAUAAAGAAAGAUUGCCUUCAAGAUCAUCGAUAGCUGUUGCUGCUGCUGGCAAGCAUAAUAUCAGAAAAAAAAGUUUGUGUUGUAAGGAUACUCCUCUGAGUAGCCUCUCUGUUUUUGGAAAAGUGAUUGUGCAGUGGCCUUACACGGGUAAAAAUUAAGUUAAUCUCUAACGAAGCAAACAAAAUUCGCUUUUAAGUUUUUGUUGGUUAUUGUGGGGAAGUUGCCAGUUGCCGUCACGUCUGUUGGGGAAGCCAGCUGACAUCCGGAUCAACCACGAUCGCCAAAUCUGACGUUAGUCAGACAGCUGCAGUGCUGUCCGGAUUGCUAAACAUUCAUCAAAAUGUGGAGCCCCACUCACAUUCAAGUCACCGUUCAACGCGCCAAAGGACUGCUCAUCAAAGGCAAGCAUGGAACCAACAACUGUUUCGUCAUCAUCGCCCUAGGGAAGGAUAAGUACCAGACCUCCGUCAAGGACAAGGCGGUGGAAUCGGUCGAGUGGCACGAGGAAUGCGAGCUUCAAAUUCCGACCCAAGGCAAUCGAGCCGAACUGGUACUGACGGCACUGCACCACAACAGCCUCGGAAUCGAUGAGUUUCUGGGCCAGGUAGUGCUGCCACUGAAUGAAAUGGACGUUUACGAGCGGCCUCGAUCCCGCUGGUUCAAAUUGCAAAGCAAACCCGGUAAGGAGAAGAAAAAGGAACGCGGUGAGCUGGAAGUUCGGAUCGCUUUUACCGUGAAGGCCGGUUCCUUGACGGAUCUGAGCAAAAAGGAAAAGAGCAAGAGCUCGAUCAGUAAUCUGGCCUCGAACGUGGGUGGAUCGCUGUUGAGUAUUGGGGCAAUUGAAAAGCGCAAGGGUUUGAAGAAGUUUGCAAAAUCAUUAGGCUCCAAGGUUCACAUAAGUGGGAUCGGAAAAAAGAAACACAAGGAUGGCGAUGCUGGGCCAGAUGAUUCUUCCUUUACAGGGAGUUAUUCUAGCAUUGGUACACCCAGCGGCCUUCAGUCUAGACUAUCCAGACAAACGUUUGGCGAUGCUGAUCCAGGGGUCAUCAGCGAGGACGAAGACGAAUUUGUGUUUGACAAUCUUUCGCACAAGAGCUCUGGAAGUUCGCUGAACACUCGAGCCCAUAGUGCUCAGGUAUCUGGACACAUUCUACCGAAAUCGGCAACUCCAUCUAGCUCUUCGACUCCCGAUGAAACCAGAAAACACAAAGGGGUUACUCUUCCACCUUCUAAACCACCCCGUGUUGCCUCAGAAGGGGAAAGCGAAGCACCAGCAAAGGUGGACGAAUGGGAACAGAAAUUAUAUGGAAAGCAUUUAGAAAUUGGUAGCACAGAUUCGCUUAAACGGAGGUCAUGGGAGAGCUCUCGCGUAAUGCUAUCUGUCCAGCAGGAAGAACAGGAAGAAGAUCAGUCACCAGUCAAACACUCUGAUGAACCUGCCCCCAUCUCCGUAACAGCGCCAACCUCACCGAUACUAAACGAUAAAUCCCACAAGGAUGAUGACAAACCUAAGCCCCUUCCACGGGCCGGCUCCCAGGAUAUCUCCAAAGUCAACGACAAACUCAUCAUGGACAAUCCGAGCAUCACUAGUAGCAGUGUGCACAACAGCCGCAAGUCUAUCAACCAUCCCUCGCCAAAGCAAGAGAAAGAAUCUUUCACCAAGAAGCUUAAACACUUCAUCAAAGAUCACCGAGCGGAAUCCAUGGAAAAUUUAUCCAGCAAAAAGCAUCUCAAUGGCACGGCCAAACAUCAUCCCCAGCUUCAGCAGCAGAUCCACCAUCACCACGAGCGGAUCAUAAUCGGAGGCGAAAAUGGAACGGGCGAUCAGAUAGCCACGCUGGCCGGCCUACGUCAGAGCAAACUCGUGACGGAAGUCUCACCCGAGAUCCUCGCAAAGUAUGAAGGCAAAACGCGCGAAGAUAUGAUGAAGAUUGCACACAACCUCGAGAACGAGGUUAGCUACCAGAAGCAGAAGGUGAAAGAGCUGGAAGACUAUCUGGACAGCUUGCUGCUAAAGGUGAUGGAAUGCCACCCGAGAAUACUCCAGAACCCUUACCAGAAGAACAAUAUGCCCACCAAAAGUGGAUGAUUUGCCCUUCUUCCCUUACAGCAGUGCCGUCGUGGGCAAACAGCAGCAUCAUCUGAGCGAUUGCAUAUAUCUUUAGGGCUUCUAGUUAAUACAUAUAAUUUACAAACGAGCUGUUGAUUGGCAAAACCAACAAAUUUAAAGAUAGCGAACCCUACCUACUAACACAAUCCCAAUCAGAGGACUGAGACCGCGUUGCAAUUAAUUUUUCACCCAUCGUACUGACAGAAUCCCCCUAGAAAGGAAUUAAAAAAAAACACUUAAUCUACCAGAUUCGCAUUUGGAGAAACCUUAUCCAUCCCGCGUUGUUGAGGAAGCAAAACGUGUUGAGUAGAAAAACUUUAACAUACCACUCCUGAUAGUAAAAAAAAGUGAUCAUCAAAAUUGUGGGUGCCUUUCGUCUAAACCAAAUGAGGAAGACGUUAAGCAGAGCGAGUAACUGCAUUCAAAAAGACAUUUAGCUAUUGACCAUUUUGAAGAAAUAAAAAUAAAGUAGAAAAUUCUAGUUCCAAUUUAGUAUGUUCAACCAAUCGAAAUAAAACCGUCACCUAAUUUUAAACACAGUAACUCAUUUUGAUGUCUUUAUGUUUUGUUACUUUUGGAUAUUCCUUUUUUUUUAACUUACUUACAUCUAUUUACCUGAAAAUCCACUAAUAAUGUAUUUCUAUUUAUUGGAAGGAACUCUAAACUGCUAAAAGUGAACGAUAAUAGGAAGAUGCAUAUUAAAAAAAGUUAUAUCAAUAGUGAUUUUCAUUUAUUUACAAUCUACUUAUGUAAGAAAACGAACAACUAUACUAUACGAUUUACCUACAUAUACAUACUUAUAUGGAAAUAAAUAACAAUUUUUACAAGAGCGUCCAUAAUCGAGACGAGGUGGUUCUACGUAAACCAAGAUUAUGAUAAUGUACCAAUCCCCAAUAUUGAUACGACCGUUUGGAGAAGAAGAAAUGGGUCGUGCUUCUUGUAAUGCAAAUAUGAAUAAAAUCGUUAAAUUUUUGCAAGCAA